AUGUAUCAGUUAAUGUAUGCUGAGGAUCAGACAAAGUUCACACAGGCUGUGGGUAACCAUCUCACUUAUCUCAAGGGUAAAUAUAAGACUCAUCAUGCACACUUCAAGCAGAUGGGCACUGGAGUCAAUCCAGAGAAACCUGUCACUGCAGUGAAUCUGCUAUAUCUUGAUGAAAUCUGGACAGAUAACCCUGUGUAUGCUGCCAAAGCCUUUUCAUCCACCUCUGGUACAGAUCAUGUAGGGGACCUUAAAUCCCUGACACAACCACAAAGCAAAGAAAAAGGAAAAGGAAAAGCCUUCCUUCCUCUCAAUUCUGAUGAUUUGAUGAUCAUCAAUGACAAUGCUCCCAACACUCGUGAUGUUGAAGACAAGCACAUUGACAGCACUGAAGACCAUCCUCCAACUAACCCUCUUAAAGAUCAUUCUCCCACCAACCCUCUUGAAGACCAUCCUCCUGUCAACCCUCCUCCCAAUAUCAAAGAUCACCCACCCUAUGAUACUAUGGACACUGUCAUUGUCGACUUCACCAUGGAACUUUUGUCACCAUCUUCCUCCUCACACCAACAGACCACCAUGCUCAAAGAUAGUGGUGCAAAAAAUCUCACCUUGGAAAGAAUAUUAGGUUGGAGGUCAAGAGUGUCUGCGGCAGCCUCUGAGUAUAAGAUCACCAAGGUCAACACUCUCCGUCAGAAAUGUGACCUCGACUUCCAAUGUGAGAAAGCUCAGCUUAAACACAACAAGGCCAGCAUUGUACAUCAGUGCUGUCAAGAGUCCAAGACUCUUGACCUUCAAGUUCUCAAAGCUCAAACCAAGGUUCAUGCUGAGCAAAAAGCUGCCCUUCAGCUUGAAAUCAAGCUUCUCAAAUUGAAGAGAGGUGUGGCUGAUUAG